AUGAAAGCCACAAUCUUGAGUUCGCUACUGCUUGCUUUGGGCAGCUUCGCACUGCCUGUUCCGAAGAAGGGCUACCACGACGUUGAGACUGCUGCCCGUGUCGCCAGAACAUUGGUCAACAGAGAAUCAUUAGCAAAUCUGGCCACUAUCCAAAAAAAGGAUGGCGUCCCUGUUUCGUUCAUGGAAUAUUAUGCUGAUUGCCAGGACGACGGCGAGCCAAUUUUCUUGCUCGUCAACAUCUCCUCGAGCCAGAGGAAUAUCGAUGAGGGUUCUAAAGUCUCUGUCUCCAUCAGAGUCGGAGACCACCCAAUCAACGAUCACGUUAAUCCACACUACAUUGGAGGCAGAGUUCGUUCUGCUGCCGGCUCUCCACGCGUCAACUUGAAAGGUUCAUUUGUCCCUGUCGCCGGCUCUCCAGAAUUGGAUGCUUGUUUCGCUCUCAGACACCACGAUGCUCCAGCUUGGUACCCUGGCUCCCCUGUUCACUCCACCUUCUGGGCCAAGUUCCACGUCGAGGAAGUUUACAUCAUUGGUGGCUUUGGAGACGCAGCCUACAUUGGCGAGAUUCCCGCUGAUUUGUACUUGAAUGCCACUACCUUCGACGACGAGGAGCUUUCUGAGGAGCUCUCUUCGAUUAUUGAGCUCCCAGAACAGGAAAAUACCUACCUCACGCGCAUCGUGAAGGCCUUCUCCCGUUUCUUCGGUCUUCAGGAGAAUGAGGACGAAGAGCAGGAGGGAUGCGACUUUGAAGAGGAAAAGGAAUUCGACAUCCAAGAGGAGGAGGAUCAGGAGGAGGAGGAAGACUGCGACUUCGAGGACGAAGACGAUGAGGAAGAUGGUGAAGAUGAAGAUGACGAAGACGACGAAAACGAUGAGGAAGAUGAGGACGAUGAGGACGACGAAGACGAUGAGGAAUGGAAGCAACUCGCAAGGGACCAGAAGAAGUUCUGGAAACAUUACGGCAAGGAGCAGAAGAAGUAUUGGAAGUCUCACGGCGACGAGCCUGAACAGCCAGAGGACCCUGAAUGCGAAGAAGUGGCUGAGGUUGAAGACCCUGACUACUGGAAGAAGCACGGCAAAGACCAAAAGAAGUUCUGGAAGCAUUACGGAAAAGAGCAGAAAAAACACUGGAAGUCUCAUGGCGAUCAGCCUGAGGACCCUGAGAACCCUGAGGACGCCGAAGUUGAAGUGAUGACAGAAGUCGACGACCCUGAUUACUGGAAGCACUAUGGAAAGGACCAAAAAAAGUACUGGAAACAUUAUGGAAAGGAGCAGAAGAAAUACUGGAAGUCCCACGGUAAGGAUGAUGACGGGGAGCAGCAGGUGAUAUUUGUUGACUAUUGA